AUGACCACCACUGACGAGAUAGACGAGUUCGCCAACUGGGACAAGACAGGUGACGCUAUCGGCAACGCCUUACACCAGGACAACACCUGGGCUGGCUUGGCAACUGGCCCUGACCACGACAGCAUUGACGUUGUCGGGGUGCAGGCGGAGUUACCGAAGCUCGCCACCAGGCCCCGAGCCGUCGGGGGUUAUGUUCUACCGGAUGGGAUGGAUGCUCGUGCUCUCCGGCGUGCACUCGUCGCUCGACAGAUGGUGCUCGCCGCAGUCGACUAUGCGGAGGCCAGCGAGGACACGCUUGCCGUCGAUGAACGCUUGGGGGUUAUCCCACAUGCUGGUCCGGUCGUGAGGAAGGCCGCAGGUCAGGCACUUCCAGGUGUCGCCGUUCGGGAACGUUGUGUCGUCUGCCUUGACCAAGAUAAGCUGCGACCGCGAGUAGACGCUCGCGGGAUGGGGUACGGCGGGUGCGCCGACGAAGUUGACCUCUCUGUAGAAUCUCUGUAG